AUGGCUUACUUUGAUAAGUGCCAAAAAUGUGGUGAAAGCAUAAGUAAUCAGCCUGGUUGUACAGCUUUUGGUCAAACGUUUCAUGUAAAAUGUUUCACUUGCAAAGAAUGCAACAAACAACUUGCUGGUGGCUCAUUCUACAAUGUUAACGGUCAACCGCUUUGUGAGGAUGAUUAUGAGAAAACAUUAGAACGAUGUACCAGUUGUGGUAAACCAAUUAAGGAUAAGAUAUUACGUGCAAGCGGUUCUGCAUAUCAUGCGGAAUGUUUCGUAUGUACCGUUUGCAAGAAAUGCUUGGACGGAGUACCAUUUACCUCUGAUUCAGCUAAUAACGUACAUUGCGUUACCUGUUUUCAUGAGAAAUUUGCACCUCGGUGUGCAGUAUGCUCGAAGCCAAUUAUACCCGAGAAAGGUCAGGAAGAAUCAGUGCGAGUUGUUGCAAUGGAUAAAAGUUUUCAUGUUAAUUGCUAUCGAUGCGAAGAUUGUAACAUGCAAUUAAGUUCUAAAAUUGAAGGACAAGGAUGUUAUCCAUUGGAUGAACAUUUGUAUUGCAAAAAUUGUAAUGGUAAACGAUUGAUUGCAUUAUCGAAAGAAUCGUAA